UACGCAUCAGCAUGCAUGUGUGUGUGUGUGUGUGUGUGUGUGUGUGUGUGUGUGUGUGUGUGUGUGUUGUGUCUGACGAGCGAGGGAAACUAGUUGAGGGAGGCAGAUCUGAUGAGACGCACAGCAACAGUGGAGUCAGGGGCUCAGGCUGACUCUCACUCCACUGUAGAGAAACGAGCCUUGGGCUGGAUGGGUCCUAUCAUGCCGCCGGGCAAGAAAGCGGAGGGCCCGAGUAGCGGCAGCGUGGCCCGCGGGCUGAGCCAGCUGUACCCCGACGGCGAGGCGGCCGACCUGUCGCUCUCGCUGUCGGCCUCGCUGAGCCGCGCCGAGGACGAGGAGCUGACCAGCCUGAGCUGGCUGCACGAGACCAGCGACCUGCUGACCAGCCUGGGCCACCCGGGCCUGCGCAGCGUCAGCCCUGUCCAGGACGGCGGCGGCUCUGGCGGGAGCGUUGGCGGAGGAGGAGGAGGCGGCGGAGGAGGUGGUGGUGCUGGUCGUGGGGGCGCCGCCCGGGACCCGUCCCACCGCUCCUCGCCGUCCUCGUCGCCAGAGCCGUCCGAAGCCGGGCCGUACGACCUCUCGGCGGGGCCCAACCGCAAGCCACCGUACUCAUUCAGCUGCCUCAUCUUCAUGGCCAUCGAGGACGCGCCCAACAAGCGGCUGCCCGUCAAGGACAUCUACGGCUGGAUCCUGGAGCACUUCCCCUACUUCGCCAGCGCCCCCACGGGCUGGAAGAACUCGGUGCGCCACAACCUCUCGCUCAACAAGUGCUUCAAGAAGGUGGAUAAGGAUCGCAGUCAGAGCAUAGGAAAAGGUUCCCUCUGGUCCAUCGACCCCGAGUACCGGCACAACCUCAUCCAGGCGCUGAAGAAGACGCCAGACCAAUUUUUACUCCUCUCCUCCAGCACACCCCCACGCCCCCAGCGCAACCUGUCAGGCGACCACAGUACGCCUCUGUGGUCUGGGAGUCCACUCUUCAGGAAGAAUGGAGGAGUUUUGCUGCAAGUUCCACAGAGGGUGAUCCAAAAUGGCUCCCGUGUGUCGAGCCAGGGUGUGUUUCCAGUGAUCAGACCUCUUCACAUCAGCCCUGUAGGGAGCAGAACCUCAGCUAUGAGGUCAGCUCUGGGUGACUUCCUCACCAAGGGAACUGGCAGCCUGCUCAGCGACUCCGCUUCGACCAGUGACUCGGACGCGCAGGAGGACCACACCUACAGCAGCGCCAAGUCGGCCCAGUCGCCCGAGCACCAGGGCAUCUCUCCGUCCUCCUCCUCCUCCUCCUCCUCCCUCGAGUCCAGUCGAGACGACAUCAUCAAAGUGAAGGUCAUGGACGCCGGGGAAACGGUAGAGGUCAAGCAGGAGGUCAAGCAGGAGCCUCAGGACAUUCCUCUGGACGGGGGCAUCACCUCCUCCUCCCAGCAGCUGCAGCAUCAACAGGCGGCACUGAGAAGGAGGGUGCUUUGGGUCAAAGGUCGCCAACCGCGGACGCCCGGCGACACGCUGCCGCUGAAGAAGAGGCGCGCUGCGGAAAAGCCGCCCGACAGCGACGACGAGGAGAUGAAGGAGGCGGCAGGGUCACUACUACACCUGGCCGGAGUGCGCUCCUGCCUCAACAACAUCACCAACCGCACAGCCAAAGGCCAGAAGGAGCAGAAGGAUAAGGAGGCUCAGAGGAACUAGCAAACACAAAAAAGCAAAAAAAGGAAUAGUUAAAAAAAAACAGAAAACAAAAGUAAUACAUGGAGGUCAAAAAAGGAGAGAGCAUUUUUCUUUCUCUGACAGAUUUUAAAAGUUUUUGUUUAUUUUUAUUUCCAGGAUAUCAGGUCAAUUCUACUUUGUGGCAAUAUUCGAGAAAAAAUCACUGUUUCCCUUUUUUGUUUUUAAAUUCUAUUUUAUACAAUAUAUUAUCAUACGUGUGUACAAGUUUGAGUGAAAUAGGUCUGAAUGUAUGCCUGAACAUGUAAGUGUGUGUGUGUGUGUGUGUGUGUGUGUGUGUAUUAGUAUGUGUGCAUGUGUUUGUGUGUGUGUGUGUAUGUGUGUGUUUAUGUUUUACAUUUGUCUCUGCAAGAGGAUAAAAGCCAUAUUGUGGAUGUCAUCAUUUAGAAAUCCUGCUUUGUGUCUAUAUGAAUUAGGUCAUAAAUGUUAUUCAGGCUCUGAGCAGAAGCUGAGAAACACAGCAACUGGCAAAGUUGUAGCAAUUCACCCAACCGGUUAUUUAGACAGGAACACUAUAUUUACAGAUGUUACUUGCUGCUCAAACAGGAGUGCCAAAGACAAAAAUACUACAGGAAGAAGACACAGAUAGAUAAUAACAUGCUACCAUGUGCUGUUAAGAUCACAGAAUUAGUGCAGAUGACUAUAACAGAACCUAUAGCUACAUUGGAAAUUCCCAUAAGAAAUUAGGUCCAGUGCAUUGUGUUUAAAGGACAAUGUCCGUAUUGUCAAGGGUCGAGUCUCAAUACUUUCCAAGUCUUUUCAUUGGUGCAAAUGAGCUCAGUGUCUCAGUGCAGGAAAUAAUGUGUGUAUAUGGCUGUGUAGUUGUGAGCAGAAUGCAUGGGGUCAGAGGCAAUAUUAAUAUAAUUUCAUCACAUCUUGUGUAGAUUAUUCCCAUCUUUAUGUCUGUGAUCAAGUCAAACACUCAGAUUGAAUGAUAAGUGACACUAAAGCCUACUUAUCAUGUUACAAUAUCGUUGUGUUGGACUGUUUGGUUGGUCACUUUGAUUUUAUUUCUAGUCCUCAAAACAAACUAAGCAAUUUUUGUCCUUUCUGGACAACACUGAACAUUGUACAAAGUUAGAAAAUGUUUCUUGUCUUUUCUUUUUCGUAAGGUAAGGCAGUUUGGCCUAUGGGGUUUUCUGAGUUGCAAUGCAUGGGCACCUGUAAAUAAGAUUGAAAAAGUAUUUUUUUUUCAAACCAUGUAAGAUAAUAAUGUAUUUAGCAUGAAGCAUGACUUAUUUUCAUAUAACUAUGAAUCCUAUACAGAGGCUUCCUCAGUUCUUAUAUGCGUUUUACUUUUUUCUUGUCAUCAAGUGAACAAUUUCUCCUUUAAAGCAGGCACUUACCAAUAACACUCCUUUAAAGCAGGCACUUACCAAUAACACUCCUUGUCAGAAAUGUAAGAGGCUCUGUUUUCAGUGUGCUAAAACAGAGCCCUCUCUCCUACUUGAGUCACACAGUAUGUGUAUAAAUGUUAUACACAUAAAAUGUGUGUGUGUGUGUGUGUGUGUGUGUGUGUGUGUGUGUGUGUGUGUGUGUGUGUCCACUUUGUACACCCUUUAACUUUGUGCCUGCCUUAUAUAUAUUUGGGUGUCUUUGACCAGUGUUUUUUUUAAAGAGACAUCUUUGAAUUUCUAAUUUAUAAAAGUGUUUUACUAUGUUUGUUUGCUGUAAAUGUGUGUAUGUCACAAAACUUCCUCCUCAAAUGGCUCACUUAUAUACUGACUGCAUAAAUAGCAGUUUAAGAGUUUGACAAACAAGCAACAGUUGUGCUGACAUUCACAACAUAGGGUGGUGUGCUUGUGUAUAAAAACAUCACCGUGUCGAAUUUAGUGAUCAGGUUAAAGCUAUGCUACAUAUUUAAUAUGUCACUGAAGCAAUUUUCCAGUACGUACAAAGUGGAUGAUGUACAACUAGUUUCAAACAUAAUCAGCAAAUAUGGAAUGUGAAUUAGAGUGUGCAAGAUAUAUCUGUACACCCCUGAUAUGUUGCGCGUUUACCUUGAGGCUAUUACAACAAUACAUGCAGCUGUACAAAAAAAGAUGUUAUAAUUUGUUGUGUCAUUCUAGUUGCACAUAAAGGUGAAAACUUUAGAGGAAUGUUUUGGUGGUCAGGUAGUGUGGUUUCAGUGAUAUCCAGUCAAUUUCGGUCCAUCAAAAAUACACUCAGUUUGGGUGUUUCCUUAAAAAAGACAUACAACAAUGUGGAGAAACACAGCAAUUCAGUUUGCGUUGUAAAAUAUACACUUAACCCAGUCUGGUUGCAUUACUUGUCUGUGGCUGUGGGGAUUGAGGGUGCUGACAGAAUGUUAGGGUCAGAUUGUCUCUGCCUUGGGUGUCUUUGCACACAGUCAUUUCCUGUCAAGUUUGUUAUGACACUUGAAAUCAGCAUGAUCACGCUGUCAAUUCAGGCACUUAUCUGUAUGGACACCAAAGUUGACAGUGGGAUUUUGCUCUUUAAAGGGGAACGUCUGCAGUUUGAUCUGGGUCAUUGUUGAGAAAAAGGGAGGGUGAAGUUUAGAAAGCGUGACGUUGGAAGAUGGAAGUAAAUUUCACUGCCUCAAAUAUCCAGAAAAUUAGAUUCUUCAAUUGUAUCCAAUUUGCCAAACUCCUGUGUAUAAAAAAAUACAGUUUAUUUGUUGUUUUGGUCACUGCCAAUCUGGUGAAUGCUUAGGAUGGGCUCCACCUUAGAGGAAGCAAAUACAAAAACAUAAGGCACUCUAAGGCUAGUUCAGAAUGGAGGUAGCACAUCCUUUCCACUAUGUGCAAUCACAUUGCCAAAGAACAGUCUAGAAAUAUAUCAUAACUGCUUGUAAAUAUCACACUUGUCUUUUAUGUGACAAUAAAUGUUAUGUUUCUUCCUUUUUUUUAUCCAGAUACUUACAAUAAUGUUUAUGUAAUGUAUUGUCUUCCAGUUGCAAUAAUAAAAAAAAAUGAGUUUGAAGAGUG